GCCGAGCAAGUCGAUGAAGAGGCCCAGGAACCACGCUGAAGCGCUGGGCGGCCGUAAGACUAGCUUUAUCGUCAGCUGGGAAAUUGUUAAAAAUGCAAAUUCGCAAGUUUGAGAGCCAUGGUUCCAAGAAACUACAUCAACACACGAACUAAGUUGCAACUUCCCGACUUAUGCCCUGGUACUUCUAGCCUAACACAGGAUUUGACUCUACUAAUCCAGGCUGGAGUGAAGUGGCACAAUCUCGGCUCACUGCAGCCUCCGUCCCCCACCCAGGAUCAAGCGAUUCUCCUGCCUCAGCAUCCCAAGUAGCUGGGAUUUACAGCCUUAUACAGGAUGCUGUGUUCUUUGCUCCUUUGUGAAUGUCUGUUGCUGGUAGCUGGUUAUGCUCAUGAUGAUGACUGGAUUGACCCCACAGACAUGCUUAACUAUGACGCUGCUUCAGGAACAAUGAGAAAAUCUCAGGCAAAAUAUGGUAUUUCAGGGGAAAAGGAUGUCAGUCCUGACUUGUCAUAUGCUGAUGAAAUAUCAGAAUGUUAUCACAAACUUGAUUCUUUAACUUAUAAGAUUGAUGAGUGUGAAAAGAAAAAGAGGGAAGACUAUGAAAGUCAAAGCAAUCCUGUUUUUAGGAGAUACUUAAAUAAGAUUUUAAUUGAAGCUGGAAAGCUUGGACUUCCUGAUGAAAACAAAGGCGAUAUGCAUUAUGAUGCUGAGAUUAUCCUUAAAAGAGAAACUUUGUUAGAAAUACAGAAGUUUCUCAAUGGAGAAGACUGGAAACCAGGUGCCUUGGAUGAUGCACUAAGUGAUAUUUUAAUUAAUUUUAAGUUUCAUGAUUUUGAAACAUGGAAGUGGCGAUUCGAAGAUUCCUUUGGAGUGGAUCCAUAUAAUGUGUUAAUGGUACUUCUUUGUCUGCUCUGCAUCGUGGUUUUAGUGGCUACCGAGCUGUGGACAUACGUACGUUGGUACACUCAGUUGAGACGUGUUUUAAUCAUCAGCUUUCUGUUCAGUUUGGGAUGGAAUUGGAUGUAUUUAUAUAAGCUAGCUUUUGCACAGCAUCAGGCUGAAGUCGCCAAGAUGGAGCCAUUAAACAAUGUGUGUGCCGAGAAGAUGGACUGGACUGGAAGUAUCUGGGAAUGGUUUAGAAGUUCAUGGACCUAUAAGGAUGACCCAUGCCAAAAAUACUAUGAGCUCUUACUAGUCAACCCUAUUUGGUUGGUCCCACCAACAAAGGCACUUGCAGUUACAUUCACCACAUUUGUAACGGAGCCAUUGAAGCACAUUGGAAAAGGAACUGGGGAAUUUAUUAAAGCACUCAUGAAGGAAAUUCCAGCACUGCUUCAUCUUCCAGUGCUGAUAAUUAUGGCAUUAGCCAUCCUGAGUUUCUGCUAUGGUGCUGGAAAAUCAGUUCAUGUGCUGAGACAUAUAGGCGGUCCUGAGAGAGAACCUCCCCAGGCACUUCGGCCACGGGAUAGAAGACGGCAGGAGGAAAUUGAUUAUAGACCUGAUGGUGGAGCAGGUGAUGCAGAUUUCCAUUAUAGGGGCCAAACCGGCCCCAUUGAGCAAGGCCCUUAUGCCAAAACAUAUGAGGGUAGAAGAGAGAUUUUGAGAGAGAGAGAUGUUGACUUGAGAUUUCAGACUGGCAACAAGAGCCCUGAAGUGCUCCGGGCAUUUGAUGUACCAGAUGCAGAGGCACGAGAGCAUCCCACGGUGGUACCUAGUCAUAAAUCAUCUGUUUUGGAUACAAAGCCCAAGGAAAUAGGUGGAAUCCUGGGGGAAGGCACACCAAAAGAAAGCAGUACUGAAAGCAGCCAGUCUGCCAAGCCUGUCUCUGGCCAAGACACAUCAGGGAAUACAGAAGGUUCACCCGCAGCGGAAAAGGCCCAGCUCAAGUCUGAAGCCAUGGGCAGCCCAGACCAAGGCAGCACAUACAGCCCCGCAGGAGGUGUGCCUGGACCACGUGGACAGGAUCCGGUCAGCAGCCCCUGUGGCUAGAGGAACAUCAGCACAAACGACAGCCUCAAGUCUCCUUCGAGCUUUAUAUCCAUUUGGGGAUGAAGUCUACUUUGACAGCUAGUAAGGCAACGUGCAACUGCUGUUGAAUGACGACAGCAAUUCAGGGAAGACUUAAAUAUGAAAGCAAAUUGAACACAUCAGGGCCAGUUUAUUAUCAGAAAAGAGAUAAGGCUUGUUUAUUGACUAGCCAAUAUGUCAUUAAAAUUAAGGUUUAUAUUGUGAAGCUUUUUUAAAAUUUAAUUUUUUUUUUUUUUUUGAGAGUUUUGCUCUGUCACCCAGGCUGGAGUGAGGUGGUACAAUCUCGGCUCACUGCAACCUCCACUUCCCAGGUUCAAGUGGUUCUCCUGCCUCAGCCUCCCGAGUAGCUAGGAUUACAGAUGUGCGUCACCAUGCCUGGCUAAUUUUUGUAUCUUUAGUAGAGAUGGGGUUUCACCAUGUUGGUCAGGCUGGUCUCGCACUCCUGACCUCAAGUGGCCUCCCAAAGUGCUGGGAUUACAGGUGUGAGCCAUUGUGCCCAGCCUAUAUAGCGUGAAGCUUUUAAGAAAAUCAGAACAGGGUAGAUAGCUGUUAAAAACAAUGUUUAAAUGGAAUAAUGUUGAAUGUUUACAGGCUGUAAGAACUAUUGUAUACACAAAAUAAACUUUUUACAUUGUGGUUUGGUA